GAUGUGUUGAUGAGCCAUCAGAUAGUCUUCUGCUCGUCUAACGAAAACAUUACACAUUGACAAGAAAAUGGCUACGCCUUUAAAAGAAAAUGGUGCAUUUGAAGUGGCCCCAUUAAGAAGUUUAGAUGAUUUUUUAUUAGAAUCAGCGAGAUUUCAAGUGCCAAAUUUCCGUGAUAUGGAAAAAUGGGGGAAAAGAGUGUACAGCAACCUUAUUUAUUACCAAUCAAACUACUUUCUACUGGCUCUAGCUCUCUUUGCUCUUGUUGGGCUUAUUCAUCCCUUCAAGAUGGUUUUGGGAUUAUUUGCUAUUGGGUUGGCAUGUGGACUCUUCGCUGCAGCUAGUAAUGGUGGUCCUCAAGUUGCAAAAUUCAAGCAGGAACACCCUGUAGUCAGCAUAAUUACCAUUCUUCUUGGAGCUUAUUUGAUUAUUUAUCUUCUUGAUGGAAUUUUUGUAUUUCUUUUGGGAAUUUUGCUCCCAUUUUCUGCCACAUUUAUACAUUCGUCUCUGCGCCUUCGUAGUCUACGUAAUAAAGUGACCAACAAAAUGGAGCAGAUAGGACUGAAGAAGUCCACACCCAUGGGGAUGCUUCUGGAUGCAUUGGGUUUUGAAGCUGGAAUUGUUGAUUGACUGAAUUCUAUUGCAAGCAAACUUGGCAUUCGCUAGUCACCACAAGUUAGAAUCAUGUGUGAUAUAAUUUCAGUUCAACUUGUGUUGAGUAGCUAUUAAUCUGGGGUUGUGUUCCUUUCUAAUAAUAAUGCUUAGCCAAAGUGAGCACUCUAUGACAAACCAACAAUCUGGAAUGUCAUGUGAAUAGGCAGUCACAGAAUUCAUUCAAGUAAUUACCAAAUUGAUAAUUGAUUUUAAAAUAUUUCUUCACUUCAACAACUACCGUACAAUUUCUCGGAAUAGUUGGUUAUAUUUGUCAAAUAGGCUUCUUGGUUUCUUUUCUUUUUUUUUUUGAAUCUCUUAAGCAUUAAUGUGGACAUUAAAAAUAAAUAUCACUUUAAUUGGAAUAAAAACACUGGUCUGCUAUA